AUGGCACUGUUGACAUUCAGAGAUGUGGUCAUUGAUUUCUCUCUAGAGAAGUGGAAAUGCCUGGACCUGGCUCAGCGAACUUUGUAUAGGGAUGUGACAUUACAGAACUACAGAAACAUUUUUUCCCUGGGUCUCGCUGUCUUUAAGCCCCACCUGGUCACCUGUCUGGAGCAAAACAGGGACCCCUGGAAUGUGCAGCCACGAAACAAAGCAGCUGCACCUCCAGUGCACAUCAGUGAGAAACCCUACAAAUGUGAGGAAUGUGGUAAAGCCUUUAACCAAAGCUGCAGAUUUACUAGACACCAGAGACUCCAUACUGGUGAGAAACCCUACAAAUGUGAACAAUGUAGCAAAGCCUUUGUUGAAAGCUCCAGACUUACUGAACACCAGAGGGGUCAUACUGGAGAAAAGCCACAUAGAGUACACACAGGAGAGAAACUGUACAAGUGUGAGGAAUGUGGCAAAGCCUUUAGAGUGUCCUCACACCUGACUCGACACCAGAGAACUCACACUGGAGAGAAACCCUAUAAGUGUAAAGAGUGUGGCAAAGCCUUUGCUGAAAGCUCAAGCCUUAUUCAACAUCAGAGAGUUUAUACUGGUGAGAAACCCUAUAAAUGUGAAGAAUGUGACAAAGCUUUUGAUCAAAGGUCCAGACUUAUUCAACACCAGAGAGCUCAUACAGGUGAAAAACCCUACAAAUGUGUAAAAUGUGGCAAAACCUUUGUUGGAAAUUUGAGCCUUUCUGAACACCAGAGAGUUCACACUAGUGAGAAAUCCUACAAGUGUACAGAAUGUGGCAAAGCCUUUGAUUGAAAGUCUAGGCUUAUUCAACACCAGAGACUUCAUACUAGCGAGAGACUCUAUAAAUGUAAGGAGUGUGUUAAAGCCUUUGUUGGAAGCUCAAGCCUUAUUCAACACCAGAGAGGUCAUACUUGGGAGAGAUCCUACAAAUGUGAAGAGUGUGGGAAAACCUUUGAUUGAAGCUCCAGACUUCUUCAACACCAGAUAAUUCACAAUGGGGAGAAACCCUACAAAUGUAAAACUUACAGAUGUGCAGAAUGUGGGAAAGCCUUUCAUCAGAGCUCAAGCCUUACUCAACACCAGAAAGUUCAUAUUAGGGAGACAUCCUACAAGUGGGAAGAAUGUGGGAAAGCCUUUGAUCAAAGCUCCAGACUUCACUACCAGUUUUUAUAUUGAUAAGAAACCCUACAAAUAUGCAGGAUGUGGCA